CAAUAUAAAUGUCAUUUUCAAAAUUCAACUUUUCAUUCUAAACGUCAUUUUUUCCGGUAACCAAGAAUCACCUAAAGAAACAUAAAUGACAGCGGGAACUCCACCGCCACCGGCAUCGUCCAAACCCGAAGACGACCCGGACCAAACAAGUCGGUCCGCCACCAUUCCCAACCAAAUUCCCACCAUCACCGGCCUCGCUCAUCGGAAAAAAGGGACCAGCGUCCGCUCAUGGCUUGUACUGGACUCGACGGCCCAGACCAUGACAGUGGAGGCCGGAAAGCACUCCAUCAUGCGACGCACGGGUUUACCCGGUCGAGAUCUUCGGAUCUUGGACCCGCUUCUUUCGUACCCGUCGACGGUCCUGGGUCGAGAAAGGGCCAUCGUGAUUAACUUGGAGCACAUAAAGGCAAUCAUCACGGCUCAGGAGGUUCUGCUCUUGAAUUCCAAGGAUCCUUCCGUUACGCCGUUUGUUAAUGAAUUGCAGAGAAGGAUUCAGUUGCAUUAUCAAGCAAAUCAAUCCAAGGAGAGUGCUAUUGAUGAGAGCAACUGCAUAAUUCGAACAACAUCCCAAAAUUUGUUACCGAGGAUUUCACAGCUCCAGAAUCAGAAUGAGGAAGGCAAAGCAGAAGAGAAUCAGGAAGGGAAAACGAUUCUCCCAUUUGAGUUCGUUGCAUUGGAGGCCUGCCUUGAAGCUGCUUGUGGAUGCUUAGAAUCUGAAACAACAACAUUGGAGCAAGAGGCUCAUCCUGCUUUGGAUAGAUUGACCUCCAAAAUUAGUACUCUCAAUUUGGAGCGUGUUCGCCAAAUUAAAAGCCGGCUAGUUGCAAUUACUGGGCGUGUGCAAAAGGUAAGGGAUGAGUUAGAGCACUUGCUAGACGAUGAUGAUGAUAUGGCUGAUAUGUAUUUAACAGAGAAGCAACAAAUCCAGAACUCUUCAACUGCUUCUCUGAAUGAAAGAGAUGAAUUAGAUGAACAAGAAGAAGAAGUUGUUGAACCAGACAAUGAUGACAGCACACCUGCUGAAGCCCCUUUGACACCCUGCCACGAAGGUGAUUACACCAGAGAUUCCGACAAACCCCACAAUCAUUCAUUUGAUGCUGCUACCGGCAGAGGCAGCCAUGGAAGUCGAUCGAGUUCCGGUCAUAGUUUUAUCGGAAAAAACCUUAAUGUACAGGAGUUAGAAAUGCUCUUGGAAGCUUACUUUGUACAAGCUGAUGGAACACUCAACAAGCUCUCCACGCUGAGGGAAUAUGUGGAUGACACAGAGGACUACAUAAACAUAAUGCUGGAUGACAAACAGAACCAUCUUCUGCGAAUGGGAGUGAUGCUAUCGACAGCAACUCUAGUGAUCAGUGGUUUCGUCGUGGUCGCCGGUAUAUUUGGCAUGAACAUUCAUAUCGAACUAUUUGACGAUGAUAAAGCAGGGAUGCCAGAGUUUCUUUGGACGAUCGGCGGUAGUACUGCCGGGGCAGUAUUCCUCUAUGUGAUUGCUAUUUCAUGGUGUAAACACAAGGGAUUGUUAGGGUAGUUUGGGAUAAAUCCGUAUGCCUUCCUAAAGCAUGAGGUAAAGGGUUUAUUUAAGAUUUAGAGUUUAGGGUUUAAAUGAAAUAAGCUAUGAAUAAAAUUGGAUCAUUUGGUCGUAAAGAUG